GCCAAGCGGAUGGGGCUGAUGGGGUCCGGAUCUCGACAUCUCUCAUCGGCCGUCACUUCCACAACCCCGACAACGCGCGCAACCACACCGACACCACCACGAUUCUUAUGGCGACCAUUAUUGCGUUCUGCGCCUGCUAGACGCAUCGAGCGUCUAGUCUACAGUCUCGCGACCGACCGGCUUCCGACUGAGGGAAGUGAUAUCAGGCACAUCCGACAUCCAGCUACUCCACUACGACUCACCGGCGGCGCGCAUCGACCUGCGCAUUAGCUGAGGCUGCAGCGGCUUUAGCAACUGUAUAUUUGCGAGGCGCAUAGGUGCCUUAUCGCCCGGCAGUGGUUCUGGGGGCGCGGACGAGGAUCAGAAACAGCUUGGAAGAACAGCUUGCGCUUGUGCAACAAGCCGGCAGACACGAUGAAGUAUCUCCAAUUACGAGAACUCGACACGGUCACGAAUGCGCUGAACUUCUCCACCCCGGACUGUCACAUCGUAGGCGGGUGUGACCUUUAUACCACGAAAGCCGCGGGUGGUGAUAAGAAGCUGUACAAGAAUAUUGAGAACAAUCUCGAGUCACAGUAUGAAUCCCUGGUGAGACUCUCCGCUUCGCUAAGCCCGCCAUGUUUGCCUUUCGAGAAUGGUAAAGGUAAUGAUAAGGGAUCAAGAACUCGAAGAAGUAGGACAGUCGAUGCUCCAGAAAUCGACCUUUCUCGGGCAUCGCCAUUUGGCAGUCUAUCACAGGGGAACGCACGGAGAACGUUCGCGUACUUGAUCGCGACUUUGAAUGCUUCACAUCCGGACUAUGACUUCUCACACCUUCUGAAGCCAGCGGAUUUUCGUAAAGAGCGGAGUCUCCGGGCCAUCAUGCACAAUCUGGACAGCACGCUGCAACAUCUGCGGCCGAGGCAGACGGUGAUAUCGAAUUACUUGAGCCCUGUUUCUCUGUCGAGCUCAGCUCCCGGGCCAGGAAGUGGGAAUGACGUAUGGAACCAAAACAUGUGGAAGCUCAUUGACAAGGAAAUGGGCCUACGACAAUGUGAGAAAUACUCAUGGACACCGGACGAUGACCCCUUCGAUGGGGAGGAAGGCGCCAUAUGGAGCAUGCAUUAUUUCUUCUUCAACAAGGAGAAGAAACGGGUAUGCUACAUAUACUUACGCGCAUUCAGUGUUAUCUCGCACAGCCCAGCAGCAAUGACUGCUCAGCGGCCUCGGCCGAUGAAACGCAAAGUGUCAAGUCUUUCGGUCGGCGAGGGCGCCGGGAAGCGCGCGGCGUUCUGGCUGAGCAAUGACAUGCUCCAAAGAAGCAUCGACACUGUCAGCUUUGGAGAAGAUGACGAUGACGAAAUGGUUAUUUCUGAACACGACGAUGAAGUUGAGGUGCCGUACAUGGACCUGGAUGAAAUUCGCGAUAAUCUAAUCGACGGCAGAUUCAGCUAUAACAUCGACGAAGACCCCAUUUACGAGGCUUACGACGAUGACGAGAUGGAGUAUUGGCCGUCGAGAGAGGUGAGGGGUAUGAGCGAAGAAAUUGGUGCUGCGAUGGAAAUUGCAUGA